AUGCAAGGUCAAAGGAGGACUAUUGGGUCCUUCCCAGCAAUUGUUAGCAAGAUGCCAGGUCCUAGUUCUAACGGCACUGAUAUGAAUCAUCAGUCUUCCUUGAAUCACGUGCAAAACUCAGUAGAUUUUCGACUGUCAGAUUAUAGGGGGUCUUCUGGUGAGACUGCGUGUUUACGUGGUAGUGCUCCUAAUGUGAGUUUUAAUGGCUGGAAUACCGGUGAACACAGUUCUGGACUGAAUCUUAGCAACCAAGUCAAUGAUGAUGCUCUAAUAUCAGAAUAUAGAUUGUCUUCUUCAUGUAGUGCUAUUGCCGAGGAUGGUCAAAGACCUGAAGAAAGGCAAUUACUUGGGAACCAAUCCAGAAUUCAUCCUUCCUUUUUGCAAGGUUCCAGCUCUAAUCAUACAGCUCAGAAUAUUAGUCUCGGUAUGGGGCACAUUGGCAACUCUUCUGAUCGCGGAAAAGGAAAAGAAACUGGUAGUGGUGUUAAUAACAACAAUCCAUGUGGAUUAGAUAGAGAGAAGGCAUCACUUGGCAGCUCUUCAUUCAAUCAUACAGGAGCUUCGUCUGCAAGCUCUGCAUACAUGGCUUGGGGAGAUAGCGGUAGUUCAAGUUCUUCUUUAGCUAAUUGGGGUCCUUCCUGCAAGAGAAAGACCCUUGAAGGUAGUUCUAUGCAACUAUGUACUGGAGGAAGUUCAAGUUCUCUUGUACAAUCUGAAAAUGGUUACUGGCCUACUGAUUCUGUUGAUCUUAAUGUUCCUGGAAGCUUAGGUGAUCUGUCACCUUUAGAUGAUUUUCGUGUUACUAGUCCUCCAUUUCAGCAGAAUACAAGAAAUGAAGUGAGGCAAGAAGCAUCAAAUAUGUUUCCAUCAAUGAUAGGUGCAGCAGAAAAUGUGGAAAGGCCUCUAAGAAACUUUGAUAGGAGAAUAACCCAUUUACAGCAUCCGGAAUCUGUACCUCUCAAUUUAACAUCAACAGGGAGUGCUAGACAUCAUAAUUAUCCUUCUCCACAUCAAACACCUGGCUCUCUCUCAUUUAGCGAGUCCUUGGAUUUGAGGUUAACAGCUGGAGUAACAGCUGCUAAUUCUGCUGUGCCACAAACCCAGUCACCUUCACUGCACAUGCAUCCUUUUCCGUGGAAUAGAGCUGCUAAUCAUAGAGUGGCCAGAUCAUCAAGUUCUUAUAACUCGGGAGAAAGAGCAGUACGCGAAGAUUUUAACUUAAGAAUCUUCCCAAGAGAUAGUACUGAGCAUCCCAUGAAUGUGCCUGCAUCUUCAGGACAUGAACCUGCAGGUUGGUAUACAUCCUCGAAUAAUGUGAACAGUGCCGGGGGUAUACCUCCUCCCUCCUGGAUUGGAUCUAGUUCAAAUGUCCACUCAUUACCUAAUCCCAGCUGGACUUUUAACCAUGAAGUCCCAACAGAAAAUCUACAGAGAGUUUCAGAGUUCAAUCCUUGGUCCCUUUUCCCAUCAAUCAGCUCAGCAUCUGGUGCUCACAAUGGCCAUUCCCCCUCUACUUCCAGCCCUCUUUCUUUUUCUCAGGGUUCUAGCAGCAGUCAACCAUAUCCAAGGGCAUCAUAUUUGAUGGAAAGAAGGGGGGAUGUACUCCCUGCUCCUCAUUCACUGCGAACAUUACCCGCCGACAAUGAGGGGAGACGCCGGCUCAUAUCUGAGAUUCGCCAAGUCUUGAUUGCAAUGCGGAGGGGUGAGAGCUUACGAGCUGAGGAUUAUAUGCUUUUUGACCCUUUCCUAUAUCAUGGCAUGGCUGAAAUGCACGACAGACACAGAGAAAUGCGCCUUGAUGUUGAUAACAUGUCAUACGAGGAAUUGUUGGCACUGGGGGAGCGUAUAGGAGAUGUAAGCACUGGACUGAACGAAGAUAUAAUUCAUAAGCUGAUGAAACAGCGAUUUUUCACGUCCCUGAUGACAGAGUCUUCUUCUGAUCUUGAACCUUGCUGUAUCUGUCAGGAGGAAUACACCGAUGGACAGAAAAUUGGUUCGCUAGAUUGUGGGCAUGAGUUCCACACUAACUGCAUCAAGCAGUGGCUAAUGCAGAAGAAUAUGUGCCCAAUUUGCAAAACAACAGCCUUGGCCACGUGA